AGGAUGAAUGUAUAGCUGAGAAUCGUACCGAGUUGGGGAAUUGUGCACGAUGAUUUGGUGACUAUACUCUAGAAAGCGUGUCAAUUUGGACUUUAAAAUAACACAAUGGCUACAACAGCUUUGACCGGUUUCUCCAUGAUGAGUCUGCUCAGCCUCGGAUACCUGUCAUGGGAUCUGAUGAGUCCGAAUCAGGUGGAAAAAGAGCCGGGUCAGACUUUUGGUAGGGGGUCACUCGGUCCAAAGCCUCCUCACAUAAUCUUCAUUAUGACAGAUGAUCAAGGAUUCAACGACAUCGGCUAUCACAGUUCUGAUAUUAAGACUCCGGUAUUGGAUAAGCUGGCUGCUGAUGGGGUGAAACUGGAGAAUUAUUACAUCCAACCCAUUUGCACGCCGUCCCGCAGCCAACUCAUCACUGGCAGGUACCAGAUUCACACAGGCCUUCAACACUCCAUCAUCCGGCCCCGCCAGCCCAACUGCCUCCCCUUCCAACACGUCACGCUCCCUCAGAGGCUGCAGGAGCUCGGCUACUCCACCCACAUGGUGGGGAAGUGGCACUUGGGUUUUUACAAGAAGGAGUGUCUGCCAACACGGCGCGGCUUUGACACAUAUUUCGGCUCCCUGACCGGUAGCGUCAACUACUACACCUACAACUCCUGCGACGGUCCUGGUCUGUGUGGUUUUGAUCUCCACGAGGACGAAACCGUAGCCUGGGAUCAGAGGGGUAAAUACUCCACCCAUUUGUACACGCAAAGGGUCCGCAAGAUCCUAGCGUCACAUGAUCCGUUAUCCCAGCCGCUCUUUAUCUACCUUUCCUUCCAAGCCGUUCACACCCCGCUGCAGUCCCCGCGGGAGUACAUCUAUCCAUACCGUGGGCUCGGCAACGUGGCUCGCAGGAAGUACGCCGCUAUGGUCUCUGCCGUGGACGAGGCAGUUCGGAAUGUAACAUACGCCCUCCGAAAGUAUGGUUACUACCAAAACAGUGUCAUUAUCUUUUCAACAGACAAUGGCGGCCAGCCGUUGUCCGGUGGCAGCAACUGGCCCCUCAGGGGGCGUAAGGGCACCUACUGGGAAGGUGGAGUCCGAGGUCUGGGAUUUGUCCACAGCCCUCUAUUAAGAAAGAAGAGGCGGGUUAGUAAAGCCCUGGUGCACAUUACCGACUGGUAUCCCACCCUGGUACGACUAGCAGGUGGCAACGAGUCCCUAACAAAGGGGGUGGAUGGGUAUGAUGUUUGGGAAGCUAUUAGUGAGGAGAAGGAAUCUCCCAGAUUGGAGAUCCUCCACAACAUAGACCCUCUCUAUAACCGAGCUCGGAGCGGCUCCCUGCAGAAAGGAUAUGGGAUUUGGAAUACAGCCGUGCAAGCCUCCAUCCGAGCCGGAGACUGGAAACUUCUGACUGGAGAUCCCGGUUACGGAGACUGGACGCCACCGCCGAUGCUUCCGAGCUUCCCGGGAAGCUGGUGGAACCUGGAGCGGCACACAGAAUCCAGGAAAUCAGUAUGGCUAUUCAACAUCACCGGAGAUCCUUACGAACGUUACGACCUUUCCGGGAAGAGACCAGAUGUUGUCAAAGAGUUGAUGGCGAGACUGGUGUACUACAACCGCACUGCCGUGCCAGUGCGUUACCCGUCAGAGGAUCUGCGGGCUGACCCCAGCCUGAAUGGGGGCGCCUGGGUCCCCUGGGUGGGAGAUGAGGAAGAGGAAAGCUGGGACACUUUUUAUCCGCGGAAGAAUAAAGACUGGAAGAAGAAUCUGAAACUGUCUCAUAGUAAAUCCUUCUUCAGGAGACUCAACACUCGGAUCAUGUCCAAUAGGAUAUGAAAACAUCACAAUGACAUAUUUUGGUCUUACUGGAAGACCAAUGGAAGACUGUAUCGAAUCUGAACCUUCACAGGCAUGUCUUUUUAGAAUAAACACUGUCUGUCUAUUCAUAAUUUGGCUGUUUCAUAUUUAAUAUUCCCGUCACUAGGUGUCAGUAAUGUUACAUUGGAGUGGCAUUACCUUCACUUGCAAUAUGUAAUCAGCCAUGGGUGCAAAGUCCACAUGACAUAGUGGGGAAAAAAGUUCUCCCUAUCCAUGUGGAAGUGGUACAUUUUUGCUUUUUACUUGGUCCUGCUUCAGUUCAAAUUGGAGGCUAACUAGCUAGCUCGCUGAACAUAAGACUGAAGAAUCGGACG